AUGACCGACUCAACGCCCAACCGACCCUUCAACAAGGCACUAAUAGUCGGCGCCGGCCCCUCGGGUCUUCUCCUCGCGCUCCUCCUCUCCCGGCACUCCAUCCCCGUGCACAUCCUCGACUCCGCAAGCUAUCUCGAUCAGCAACCGCGCGCAGCACACUACGGCACGCCCGCCAUCCCCGAGUUCAUCCGUGCUGGUAUCAUCGACUCCAUCCGGGAACGGGGACUAGUGCUCGACACCAUGUGCUGGCGGCGGCCCGACGACCAUUCCUACAUUGCGGGUUUUGACGGGUCGCGGGUGCUGCGGGACGUGGACGGGCAUGAUCUGCGCACGCACUGCCUUGUGCUGCAGGAUUUGGAUCAGAUUAUGCUGGAUGAGGUGGUGAAGCUUGGGGGGACGGUGGAGUGGGAGCAUAAGGUUGUCGGGGUGGGGCAGGAUGAGGGACUCGGGAAGGCAUGGGUGGAGGUGGAGUUGAGGGAUGAGGGGAGGAAGAGGGUGGAGGGGGAUUAUGUGGUGGGUUGUGACGGGGCGAAUUCGAUGGUGAGGAGGUCGUUGUUUGAGGAGGAGUUUCCGGGGAAGACGUGGGAUGCGCAGAUUAUCGCUACGAAUACGUACUACGACUUUGAGGCAAAGUUCGGGUGGGCGGAUGCCAACUUCAUCAUCCACCCGGAGCACUUCUUUAUGGCCGCCAGAAUAACCAAGGACGGCCUUUACCGCAUCACCUACGGCGAUACCCCUGGCCUGACCCGCGAAGAGUACCUCGCCCGUCAACCCGCGAUCUGGGAGAAGAUUCUACCCGGACACCCCAAACCAGACGAGUACAAGAUUGUCAACUUCUCCCCCUACCGCAUGCACCAACGGUGCGCACCCAAAUUCCGCGUCGGCCGCGUCCUUCUCGCCGCCGACGCCGCUCAUCUCUGCAACCCCUGGGGCGGGCUGGGGAUCACGGGCGGCUUUGUCGACGUUGGCGGCCUGUACGACUGUCUCGCGGGGAUAUGGGACGGCAAGGCGGAUGAGUCGAUUCUCGACCUGUACUCGGAGAAGCGCAUCGAAAAGUGGAAGACCAUCAUCGACCCUAUCUCGUCUGAGAAUUUUAGGAGGGUGUCGGAUAACGAGCCUCACACGAGGCUGGAGAGGGAUGAGUUUCUGCAGCAGUUGAAGAAGGCGGAGACGGAUGAUGUGUAUUUGAAGGAGCUGCUGCUGGGGUUUAUGGAGGUCAGAUAUGACUUUACGCAGCAUUACAGGGACGCGAAAAAGGGGCAAUGAGCCUGAGGGCGGUGUAAUGUGGCCGAGAUAUUGGAGGGAUAAGGAACCCGUUGGCCGGUGCAUAAUUAUUCCCAGAUGCUUCGAUAAUCUCUCGACAAGUAGUACUGUAUGUAUAAUGACCAUUUAUUGAAGUGCGAGCCGCUUCUCUUACCU